AUGUUCGCUCUUCACCCGGUACUAAAUCUCUGCCAAAGAAUACUAACUUGUGUUGGAAUGUUAUCAAACGUGCUGUUGAUCAAUUUGGUUAUUUUUCAAUCACCAAAAGACCUGGGUCUUUACAAAUACCUGAUGGUUUAUAUCUCUUGUUUCGAACUAUUUUUCUCUACUCUGGAAAUUCUCGUCCUUCCGGAACUAAUCACUUUGGACUCUGAAUUCUUUAUUGUUGUAAAUCCAGAGCACUCGUACCUACCACAACAAUUUCUGCAAUUUGUGGAUUUGCUCUAUUGUGGAUCUUUCGCUGUUUCGCUAGUCAUUUUCAGUUGCCAAUUUGCUUAUCGAUAUCAGGUUUUGAAAGGAAACAGCUCUUGGGUUGCAACCAAACCCAUGAAUUUAUUCUUCUGGCUUGGUACUCCUCUACUUCUUGCCAGUUUUUAUUCGUUUUUUGUCCACGAGUUCUUACAGAAAAAUGAUUUCUGUGAUGUUGUUCUGAGAGAGCUUGGAUACAGCGAAGAUCUUAUCUCGGAUAUGGGCUUUUAUGGGAUGGUGUUCUAUCCGAAACUUAAAGAUGGAACUUUCCUCAUCAAUUGGAUUUCAUUUUUGGGUGUUUCUGUUACUACUGGAACAUUGAUUGCGUCGGAGAUCACCAUGAUUUAUUUUGCCUAUAAAUGCUUCGACGCAACAAAAUCACUCAUAAAGAAGGGAAACUGCUCCUCGAAUUUCCGACGUCUUCAAUGGCAAUUGUUCUAUGCUCUCGUCGCCCAGACUACAAUUCCGAUACUCUUCAUGCAGAUUCCAAUGACUAUGAUCUAUUUCUCUACAAUGGUUUUGAAAAGUUCGAAGCCAUUUUUCGGACAUUUGCAGUCAAUUACAAUAUCGAUAUACCUUGCAACUGACACCCUUCCAACUAUUUUUAUAAUCAAACAUUAUCGAGAUACCGUCAUGAGAAUGAUAUGUUUCUGGAAGAAAGGGAGCAUGUACAAAGUGGGUCCAAGACAGUUACAUGUGACGGAAUCCAGCCAUUCGAAACAUCUUCAUGCGUCAAUAAUCUCCACUCAUCUUUGA